AUGGAUACGCACACGCGGUGGAAAAGGCGCAGUUGGAUACGGAGCUGGUUGGUACCCGCUGCCCUGGUGCUGCUGGGUGCCCUGUCCCUCGGCCGGGCAGCUGAACCUGCAGACCUCUUGAAGGUAUUAGAUUUUCAUAAUUUACCUGAUGGUAUAACAAAAACAACAGGGUUUUGCACAAGCAGAAGGUCUUCGAAAGAAGCAGAUGUUGCUUAUAGAGUAACAAAAGAUGCUCAGCUUAGUGCACCAACAAAGCAGCUGUAUCCUGCUUCCCCAUUCCCAGAGGACUUCUCCAUUCUAACCACUGUAAAAGCGAAGAAAGGAGGUCAGUCCUUCUUGAUCUCAAUUUACAAUGAGCAAGGGAUCCAGCAAAUUGGUGUGGAGAUGGGUAGAUCUCCUGUAUUCCUGUAUGAAGACCAUACAGGAAAGCCAGGCCCAGAAGACUAUCCUCUCUUUAGAGGCAUUAACCUAGCAGAUGGCAAGUGGCACAGAGUAGCUAUCAGUGUGCAGAAGAAAAAUGUCACCUUGAUUUUGGACUGUAAAAAGAAGAUAACCAAGUUCUUGGACCGAAGUGACCAUCCCAUCAUUGAUGUCAAUGGCAUCAUUGUAUUUGGAACAAGGAUAUUGGAUGAGGAAGUCUUUGAGGGUGACAUCCAGCAGCUCCUGAUUGUGGCGGACCCCCGAGCAGCCCACGAUUACUGCGAACACUACAGCCCCGACUGCGACACCGCCAUCCCCGACUCCCCCCAGUCCCAGGACCCCAACCAGGAUGAAUACUACACCGAUGGGGAGGGAGAAGGUGAUACCUACUACUAUGAGUACCCCUACUACGAAGAUGUUGAUGAAGCUGUAAAGCCAGAAGCACCCACCACCAAACCCAGCACUCCUGAAGUGGCUGCUGGAGAGAGACCUGAAACCAAGCAGGACUAUCCUGCCCCCACGCCAUCACCUGAUAGAGGGGACCCCGGCAAGAGGACGGAAGGGGAUGCUGUGGUGGAUGACCCCCUUGUGGAUGAGUACAACUAUGAAACCACUAACGAGGAGUACUUCACGCCUCUCCCCUAUGAAGAUGUCAACUACAACGAAGAAGUAGACCCCCAGGGUGGACUCACUGAAAACGCUGUGGAAGCUGAACUCCCCACGAGUACCGUCAUCACCUACAAUGAGACUGAUGCUCCUCAAGGCGGAGACGACCUGGAUAAAGAUUUCACCGAGGAAACAAUAAAAGAAUAUGAUGGGAAUUAUUAUGAUAACUAUUACGACCGAACAGUCUCUCCCGAUAUUGGCCCUGGCAUGCCUGCUAACCAGGACACCAUCUACGAAGGGAUCGGUGGCCCACGGGGCGAGAAAGGACAAAAGGGGGAGCCUGCGAUUAUUGAGCCGGGUAUGCUGGUGGAAGGCCCACCCGGUCCUGAAGGCCCAGCAGGCCUCCCAGGACCUCCAGGACCAACUGGACCUGUGGGCUUAAUGGGUGACCCUGGGGAGAGAGGACCACCUGGUCGCCCAGGUCUUCCAGGAGCAGACGGUUUACCGGGACCACCAGGGACGAUGCUUAUGCUGCCUUUCCGCUUUAGUGGAGGAGGAGAUGCUGGCUCUAAAGGACCUCUCGUUUCAGCCCAGGAGGCCCAAGCCCAAGCCAUCCUGCAGCAGGCGAGGCUGGCGCUGAGAGGACCAGCGGGUCCAAUGGGUCUGACGGGGCGGCCGGGCCCCAUGGGACCCCCGGGCAGUGGAGGACUAAAGGGAGAAGCUGGAGAAAUGGGACCUCAGGGUCCACGAGGCAUCCAGGGUCCUCCCGGUCCGGCAGGAAAACCAGGCCGCAGGGGACGAGCUGGCAGCGACGGUGCCCGGGGAAUGCCAGGCCAGACAGGACCAAAGGGUGACCGAGGGUUUGAUGGCUUGGCUGGCUUGCCUGGUGAGAAGGGAAACAGAGGUGAGCCAGGCCCCCAUGGACCCCCAGGGGCACCCGGAGAGGAUGGGGAGAGGGGAGACGAUGGAGAAGUUGGACCCAGAGGUCUGCCUGGAGAACCCGGACCCCGAGGACUGCUGGGACCGAAGGGGCCGCCGGGACCCCCAGGGCCACCGGGUGUGGCUGGUAUGGAUGGACAAACAGGUCCCAAGGGGAAUGUGGGUCCUCAAGGUGAGCCGGGUCCCCCAGGACAGCAGGGUAACCCAGGUGCUCAGGGUCUUCCAGGUCCACAAGGCGCGAUCGGUCCCCCAGGAGAGAAAGGGCCGCUGGGCAAACCCGGUCUUCCUGGCAUGCCUGGUGCAGACGGUCCUCCGGGUCAUCCUGGCAAGGAAGGUCCUCCUGGAGAGAAGGGGAGUCAGGGUCCACCAGGUCCUCAGGGCCCCAUCGGUUAUCCGGGACCACGCGGAGUCAAGGGAGCAGAUGGUGUUCGUGGACUGAAAGGCACCAAAGGUGAAAAGGGUGAAGAUGGCUUCCCUGGCUUCAAAGGUGAUAUGGGCAUCAAAGGAGACCGGGGGGAAAUUGGACCUCCUGGUCCCCGAGGUGAGGAUGGUCCUGAAGGUCCCAAAGGUCGCUCUGGCCCCAAUGGAGAUCCUGGUCCUCUUGGUCCUGCUGGAGAGAAGGGAAAACUCGGUGUACCAGGACUGCCCGGCUACCCGGGCAGGCAGGGCCCAAAGGGCUCAAUCGGCUUCCCAGGAUUUCCAGGAGCCAACGGAGAGAAGGGCACACGGGGGACACCUGGCAAACCAGGUCCAAGGGGGCAGCGCGGUCCAACGGGUCCACGUGGGGAAAGAGGCCCUAGGGGAAGCACUGGGAAACCUGGCCCAAAGGGCAACUCUGGUGGUGAUGGCCCCCCUGGUCCUCCUGGCGAAAGGGGACCACCAGGGCCUCAAGGACCGACUGGAUUUCCUGGACCAAAAGGCCCCCCUGGUCCUCCUGGGAAGGAUGGAUUGCCUGGUCACCCCGGACAGAGAGGAGAAACCGGUUUCCAAGGCAAGACCGGCCCUCCAGGACCCCCUGGUGUCGUAGGCCCUCAGGGUCCGACUGGUGAGACUGGGCCAAUGGGUGAGCGGGGACAUCCAGGCCCUCCAGGUCCCCCGGGUGAACAAGGUCUUCCUGGCCUCACUGGAAAAGAAGGGACCAAGGGGGACCCUGGUCCCGCUGGCCUCCCAGGGAAGGACGGACCCCCGGGCUUGCGAGGCUUCCCUGGAGAGAGAGGGCUCCCUGGCCCCAUUGGUGCUCCAGGGUUGAAAGGCAACGAAGGUCCCCCAGGCCCCCCAGGUCCAGCAGGCUCUCCUGGUGAGCGCGGUCCCGCGGGAUCAGCCGGCCCGAUAGGCUUGCCAGGGCGACCUGGCCCCCAGGGACCUCCGGGACCCGCAGGUGAAAAGGGAGCCCCAGGCGAGAAGGGUCCUCAAGGACCAGCUGGCCGGGAUGGCAUCCAGGGCCCAGUGGGACUCCCAGGUCCAGCAGGUCCUGUCGGCCCCCCCGGAGAGGAUGGAGACAAGGGCGAGAUCGGGGAGCCUGGCCAGAAGGGCAGCAAGGGUGACAAAGGGGAGCAGGGUCCACCAGGUCCUACUGGCCCACAGGGUCCAAUCGGUCAGCCUGGCCCAGCUGGUGCCGAUGGAGAGCCAGGUCCCAGGGGACAGCAAGGCCUCUUUGGUCAGAAAGGUGAUGAAGGACCCCGAGGUUUCCCUGGUCCCCCUGGCCCAGUGGGCUUGCAGGGCUUGCCUGGACCGCCCGGUGAGAAGGGAGAGACAGGUGACGUUGGGCAAAUGGGCCCGCCAGGCCCACCUGGACCCAGAGGUCCAUCUGGACCACCAGGAGCAGAUGGUCCACAGGGUCCUCCUGGGGGAAUAGGAAAUCCUGGUGCCGUGGGAGAGAAGGGUGAACCUGGUGAAUCUGGUGAGCCUGGUCUUCCCGGCGAGGUUGGCCUCCCGGGUCCUAAAGGUGAAAGAGGUGAAAAGGGUGAAGCAGGUCCCUCUGGUGCUGCUGGUCCACCUGGCCCCAAAGGUCCACCAGGCGAUGACGGUCCCAAAGGCAGCCCUGGUCCAGUUGGUUUCCCUGGUGACCCUGGUCCUCCUGGAGAACCUGGUCCAGCUGGUCAAGAUGGUCCCCCUGGUGACAAAGGUGAUGAUGGUGAACCUGGACAGACUGGUUCCCCUGGUCCCACGGGAGAGCCAGGCCCCUCUGGACCCCCAGGGAAAAGGGGCCCUCCUGGUCCAGCCGGUCCCGAAGGAAGGCAAGGAGAGAAAGGAGCCAAGGGUGAAGCUGGUUUGGAAGGACCUCCUGGGAAGACUGGCCCAAUUGGUCCCCAAGGUGCUCCAGGGAAGCCUGGCCCUGAUGGCCUUCGAGGAAUUCCUGGUCCAGUCGGUGAACAAGGUCUCCCAGGAUCCCCUGGCCCAGAUGGUCCUCCAGGCCCAAUGGGCCCACCGGGUUUGCCUGGUCUUAAAGGAGACUCUGGUCCUAAAGGGGAGAAGGGUCAUCCAGGUUUAAUUGGUCUUAUUGGACCGCCAGGAGAGCAGGGAGAAAAGGGUGACAGAGGUCUUCCAGGCCCCCAGGGCUCAGCAGGACCCAAAGGAGAGCAGGGUAUCACAGGUCCUUCUGGACCAAUCGGACCUCCAGGGCCACCAGGAUUACCGGGUCCACCUGGUCCCAAAGGUGCUAAAGGAUCAUCAGGUCCAACAGGUCCAAAGGGUGAAUCAGGUCUUCCUGGGCCCCCAGGGCCUCCUGGUCCUCCUGGAGAAGUCAUCCAGCCACUGCCCAUCCAGUCUUCCAAGAGGACCAGGCGAAACAUUGACGCCAGCCAGCUGGUGGAUGAUGGAAAUGCUGAUAACUACAUGGACUAUGCAGAUGGCAUGGAGGAAAUCUUCGGCUCGCUGAAUUCCUUGAAACUGGAAAUUGAGCAAAUGAAGCAUCCAUUGGGCACUCAACAUAACCCAGCACGUACCUGCAAGGAUCUGCAGCUCUGUCACCCCGAUUUCCCAGAUGGUGAAUACUGGGUUGAUCCUAACCAAGGAUGUUCCAGGGACUCUUUCAAAGUUUACUGUAAUUUCACAGCUGGUGGAGAGACUUGCAUCUUCCCUGAUAAGAAAUCUGAAGGAGCUAGAAUUACUUCUUGGCCAAAGGAAAACCCAGGCUCCUGGUUCAGUGAAUUCAAGCGCGGUAAACUGCUCUCCUACGUGGAUUCGGAUGGGAACCCCAUUGGAGUGGUGCAGAUGACUUUCCUCCGGCUCCUGAGUGCUUCAGCCCACCAGAACAUCACUUACAACUGCUACCAGUCUGUAGCCUGGCACGAUGCCACCACCGACAGCUACGACAAGGCCAUCCGCUUCCUGGGCUCCAAUGACGAGGAGAUGUCCUACGACAACAACCCCUACAUCCGAGCCGCCCUCGACGGCUGCGCGGCAAAGAAGGGCUAUCAGAAGACUAUCCUGGAAAUCAACACACCCAAAGUAGAGCAAGUACCUAUAGUCGACAUCAUGUUCAAUGACUUCGGAGAAGCGUCACAGAAAUUUGGAUUCGAGGUGGGACCAGCUUGCUUCAUGGGCUAAGAGCCACCUGAAAACUAGUCUCCAAAUGAGCAACCUCGUAACCUCAUUGCGCCAUUUAAUUAAUUAAAAAAAAAAAAAA